CGUCCUUCGCCGCCGCCCCGUCUACGAUCUCCCUGCCGCCGACCCUUGCAGCCGACCACGGACGAACUUCGAUUCGUACCUAAGCCGCCGUCCGAGGGGAGACGCCGCCGCCGCGUCUCCAGGUCGGGGCGGUUUGCCGCCGCGUCUCCAGGGCGGGGCGGUUUGAUCCGCGUCUCCAGGUCGGGGCGGUUUGAUCCCCUGUCGCCGCCGACGUUCGGGAUCGCCGCCGCCGCCGAACUCCGGGAGACGCCGUCGCCGCCCUCCGAGGGCAGUGCGCUUUUAAUCUCAGGUACAUAUGGGGAAUCCACAAAGCAAAGCAGCGGAACAAACGACUUUGUCAGAUGUACCUCCAGAUCAGAUGGAGGGGGCAAAUGUUGAUGAGAUUUACCCAAGUAGUCCAGAACGGAGGAUACUUGAACAAACCGAACAACCGGUUCUUCCCCAACCGACUGAUGGUGAUAGCACAAAUGUUCAACGACCUUCCCAUCUGAUUACAGACAGCCCCGCAAAAUGUAAUGAACCUUCGUUUGUGCCUCCCAGUUGUCUCACACAAGUUUGUGCCACAGAUGUAGCACAAAGUUCAAAUGUAGCUGAAGAUGCGUCUCAUAUACAUGGAGGAAGACAUGUGGGGAUUAAUGCGUCAAUACGUGAUGCCUUACAAGUUUUACCCGUGUCCGAUGCAACAUCCGAUUACAUGACUACAACAUCUGGAGUGAAUGUCGCCAAACAAACUAUGAAAGGUAAAUUGUCUGACGAAAAAAGGGAGCAGAUAAAUGCCAGGAGAGCUGCUUAUCGGAAGAAAAAAGAGGAUGAUGCGGUCAAGCUCCAUGGUGACAUUCAAACUUCCCUUACAAUGUCUGCUAGCAUGCAACAUAACGAGGAAAAGAGGGAGAUAAUAAACACGCGGAGGCGGGCAGCUUAUCGGAAGAAAGAUGAUGAGGUUACCGUUGUACGGGAAGCAGUUGUGCAAAAUGUUCUCCGGGCCCCUCUCGGUGAUAUCACUAAUGGGUAUCAACCAACCUCUGUGGACCUUGAUGAAAAAAAGGAGCAGCUAAAAGCUCGGAGGCGAGCUACUUAUCGGAAGAAAAAAGAGGACGCCGCCGUCAAGCAUCUACAUGAAAAUCUGCCUGCCCUUGCGAUAUCAGAUGUGCAAAAUGUUCAUAGGCCCGCUCUCGGUGAUAUCACUAAUGGGUAUAAAACAUCCUCUGUGGACCUUGACGAUAAAAGGGAAGAGAUAAAAGCUCGGAGGCGAUCUACUUAUCGAAAGAAAAAAGAUGAGGCCGCCGUCAAGCAUCUACAUGAAAAUCUGCCUGCCCUUACGGUAUCAGGUUAGAAUGUUUUCUGUUUCAGCACU